GAAAUUAUAAUGCAAAUAAUGCAAAGUUUAAUGUGGAAAUUUUUACCUUUCACCUUUUUAAUAUCAUUCCGAAGGAAUGUCAGUGACAUUAUCCAAUCCCUUAGCAUCACUCGAACAACUAGAAACGACUGUUUCUAGAAAAGACGGCUUUUCAGAGAAAUAUGAAGAGGAUCUUCGAUUUGUAGGUGCAGAACUGAUUCAAAGUGCAGGCAUCUUGUUGAAAUUGCCACAAGUGGCAAUGGCUACUGCUCAGGUGCUAUUCCAGAGAUUCUAUUAUAUGGCUAGCUUGAAGGAGUACGAUAUUAUGGAUAUAAGCAUGGGAGCUUUAUUUUUAGCUUCAAAACUCGAAGAACAUACAGUUAGAAUGACAUACUUAAUCACAGUGUAUGAUCUACUCGUACGAAAAAUACACAACAAAAGCAUAAAAAUACCUCUGGAUGCAUUUUCGCAGAAAGCUUACGACAUGAAGCAUAGAGUCAUUAGAGCUGAGAUGGAAAUCCUUCGUAAACUCGGCUUCAUGGUGUAUGUCCAACUACCUUACAAUCUCAUGAUUAACUACCUUAGGAUAUUAGGCCUGGAAGAUAAUACUGAAGUAACGCGUAGAGCAUGGAAUUACCUGAACGAUGGCUUAAGGACAACUGUUUACGUGACCCAUAAACCACCGACUAUUGCCUGUGCAGCAAUUUACUUGACAUGUCGUGUCUUGAAAAUAGCAUUACCUUGCGAGUUUGGUAAAGAAUGGUGGCUACUAUUUGAUGUUGAUUUAGUCAAUGUGAAAAAUGCGGCAGCUCACAUCAAUCGUAUAUACUUUAAGCAUUUAACCAACGAAAAAAAAUCAGAAUUGUUAGAUUAUUUAUUAGAGAGAAAUAACGAAUAAACCAAGGAAG